AUGUACUGGCCUUUUGCCCUUCUACCUAUCGUCUUUUUCGUCUAUAUCGCCUUCAGGCCUAGAACAAAAUACAAUCUCCCAGAUGGCCCUGACAUAUUGGUUCCUGACAAGGACCGUCGGAGUAAACUCCACAUCUACCUCACACCAUGGGUAAAGACGUACGGAGACGUCUUCUCCUACAAGAUGGGUCGCUCGACUGCAAUCGUACUCAGCAGCGCCCAAGCCAUCGAGGAACUCUUGGUCAAAAGGGGCCACAUCUACAGCUCGCGACCGACAAGUUCACCCCAAGCGGACAUCAUCACCGGAAAGGCGAGAAUUGUGAAUAUGCCAUACGGCGAAGAAUUCAGGAAGCACCGCAAAAUCAUCCAUACACUUCUCGGAAUACAGAAUGCGAAAAUAUUCCUCCCCUACCAGGAAUACGAGUCUCGGCAAACGCUGAGAAAUCUGCUGAACGCUCCCGACAGUUUCUACUCGGAAAUGUCGCGGUACUCGGCUAGUGUAACGUUCUCGCUUCUAGUCGGCGCCCGCUUUGAUCGCUCAGACGCUUUCCUUCCCAUGACGAUUGGUACAAUGAUGCAGAAGUUUUUUGGCAGCAUCACCCCGGGAGUCUGGUUCGUCGACCGCUACCCUCUCCUGAACUAUCUUCCUGGACCGUUCGCCCCCUGGAGAUCCAAGGCAUACUCUAUGCAUCUCGAAAUGCGCAAUUUCUGGGGCGUCUUCCUCCACUCCAUCGAACAGCGAGUCAAGAUGGGUACCGCACCGGAUUGCUUUCUGAGCAGAUUUAUUCAGAGCCCCGAGUCAGAGCACCUCAGUGAGGUCGAACGGAUCAGCGUGACGGCAGAGUUGCUCACGGCGGGCACGGAGACGACGGCGACGGCGCUGCAGUGGUUUUUCAAGGCGUGCGCCAAAUAUCCGGAAUGGAUACGUGACGCCCAGAAGGAGCUGGACACGGUCGUGGGGAGUGAGAGAUUACCGGAUUUCUCUGACCGGGAAAGUCUGCCAUACAUGACGGCGGUGGUUUCAGAACUCCAUCGAUGGGCAUCGGCGACACCGUUGGCCUUUUUUCACGCAACAUCUCAAACCGACACGUACCGUGGCUCGACAAUCCCCAAAUCUACAACGGUGAUUCCGAAUACGUACGCCGUGCAUCACUCAGAGCAACACUUUCCCAACCCCUCAGCCUUUUUGCCCGGCCGAUGGCUGCCACCUGACGAUCCGCGACACGUCCCCAACGGUGCAAAGACUCCCCAUCAUCUCGCUUUCGGUGUAGGGAGGAGAGAGUGUCCCGGAAAACACGUCGCAGAUUCGAGUCUGUUUAUCGUUAUCAGCCGAAUUUUGUGGGCGUUUAAUAUCGACCGUGGCGAUCACCCAGCCCCAAAUGAUGAAACAGUGGGAGGCUUUCCUGUCUUAGGUCCUGCGCCCUUCAAGUGCAGGAUAACCCCUCGGUCGAAAGAUGCCGCGAACAAGAUUCGCCUUUUGGCCGACCACGUCGAUCCGGACCUGCAUGUGGAGGAUGGGAGCAUCUACGACGCAAGCGUGAAGGCAGUCCUUGGUAAUACUAAAUCUUGA